GGUGUGUGAAGUAGAGAUUUCUGUUUACCUGCUAUUCAACUUGAUCAACAGAGUUUUAGUUGCUGUGAAAGACCUCAAAAUGGUAUUUUUCGAGGUUUGCGGUCCUAACGAGGCCAUGGUAGUGUCAGGUUGCUGCCACUCGAAACCACUUCUUGUCUCUGGAGGACGGACUUUUGUCUGGCCAUGGAUUCAGCAAGUCCAGAAGCUGUCCUUGAACACCAUGACACUGAAGAUUGACACGGACAAUGUGUACACCCGCCUUGGUGUACCUAUAUCUGUCACAGGAAUUGCCCAGGUCAAAGUUCAAGGGCAGAACAAGGACAUGCUCCUGCAGGCCUGCCAACAAUUCCUUGGCAAAACUGAGCGGGAGGUGGAACAGGUUGCCAUGGAGACACUGGAGGGCCACCAGAGAGCCAUCAUGGGAACGAUGACGGUUGAGGAGAUCUACAAGGACCGUAAGAAGUUUGCCAAGAAUGUGUUUGAGGUGGCCUCCUCCGACUUGGUCAACAUGGGCAUCAGCGUAGUCAGCUACACCCUCAAGGAUGUGAGAGAUGAAAAUGGAUAUCUGAGAGCCUUGGGCAUGGCUCGUACUGCCGAGGUCCAUCGAGACGCCAGGAUAGGCGAAGCAGAGGCUAAGAGAGACUCCGGCAUCAAGGAAGCCCGUGCUGAGGAGGAGAGAAUGGCUGCGCGAUAUGCUAACGACAUUGAAAUCGCCAAGGCCAAGAGAGACUUUGAGCUGAAGAAGGCUGCCUAUGAUAUGGAGGUGCAGACCAAGAAGGCCGACUCGGAGCUUGCUUACGACCUGCAGGCUGCCAAGACCAAGCAGCGGAUCAGGGAAGAGGAGAUGCAGAUCCGUGUGGUGGAGCGAACCCAGCAGAUCCAGGUACAGGAGCAGGAGAUUGCUCGCCGAGAGAAGGAGCUCAAAGCUCAGAUCAAGCAGCCGGCCGAAGCUGAGAGAUACCGCCUGGAGACGCUCGCCGAUGCUAACAUGAAGCGUGUUGUGAUGGAGGCAGAAGCAACCGCUGAAGCUAUCCAGUUGAAGGGUGAAGCUGAAGCUUUUGCCAUCGAGGAGAAGGCCCGAGCAGAGGCAGAGCAGAUGGCCAAGAAGGCGGACGCCUGGAAAGACUACCAGGAUGCUGCCAUGGUGGACAUGGUGUUGGAAACAUUGCCUAAGGUUGCUGCUGAGAUUGCUGCCCCGUUGGCCCAGGUCAACAAGGUCACCAUGGUGGCCAGCGGCAAUGGUGACGUGGGAGCCACCAAGCUGACCGGAGAGGUGAUGGACAUCAUGAACCGAGUGCCCCAGCUGGUGGAGAAGAUGACUGGUGUCAAUAUCUCUGAGGCAAUUUCAGCCACCAAAGUCUAAGCCAUCAUUCACUGACCACGGCACCAACGGAUCAAGGAUUGACCUCCCCACUGGAUGUGUGGGCCAACCCAUCCUCAGUGCACAUCCCUUGAUUGACAGUGGAGAAGUCCUUUCCUUGCAAGUCACAAGAUACAUGUAUUAUACAGAUGUUAUUAUCGUAGUUCUUAUAUCAUAGUCAGUGUAACCUGUUGUGUUGUAAAUGCUUCAUUUUUCUCGGAGCUUGUUCUUGAAUAAAUUGAGGAUACCUUGAAGAACAGAAUAACAGAAAUGUAAACAGAAAACUGUGCAAUCCCACCUGUAAUCUGUAACUGAUACAGUUCAAGUCAGUGCUUGGUGUUUGAAGAACAGCUUUAGCAGGGUUCCCACGGCCUGGAAAAAUCAUGGAAAUUUGUUUUUCGUUUUCCAGGCCAGUAAAUGUCAUGGAAUUUUGUAAAAAUGACCAAAGUCAUGCAAAAGUCAUGGAAUUUUUUUAACACCGGGUGCAAUUUCUAUUCUCAGAAAUAAGUGCAUAAAAUUUGUGAUUGUAUUCCCAAUUUGAAAGGCCAAAUAGUCCAAGAAAUGGCAUUAUUGCGUCAUGGAUUUUCAUAAUUUGGUCGUGGAUUUUCAUGAUUUGGUCAUGGAAUGGAAAAGUCAUGGAAUUUAAUUGUCCUGUAGGUGCAGGAACCUUGCUUUAGGGAGGAAAUCUUAUAUUGUUUAAAAUUCAUGAUUUGGGUAAAGGUCAGUAAGUCCUAUGAAACCUCUAAAUUUCUAAACAUCUUUGCAAGGGUAAUGUAGCUACCCAAGCUAGGACCAAAUGGUCAGUGUCGUUAGCUGUUUAGGAAUACAGGAGCCCCAGUCAUUCAACAUUUUUCAACAGGAGGUGCUGGAGGAUUGAACAAAAUUCUUAAGGUAAGGCCAAGGUGUCAUGGAUGGAUGUUAGGGCCCAAUCACUGUUAAAACGCUGGGAUACUUUUAACCGUGAUUGCUGGGCUGUGGUAUGCCCAGUAUGCAAAGCCUUGUCCAGCAGCAGGCCCACAUUGAAACCGCAGGUGCAUGAUGAAUAGAAUGUAUGUGUGGAAUGCACUAAUCCGCAUACAGAGCUGUGGCUGUAGCUGUAGCCGUCUCCCGGAGUGAAGGGGUUACUUUACAGGGGGCCUAUGAAUGCCCCCAUGGAUUUAGAGUACAACUAAAGUGCCCUUGGUUUUUCUCUACAGUAGAGGAUUUGAGGAGGAAUUUGGGAAGGUUCGUGUCAAGGGUACAAUACAACACAGCCGUAAAUGGUUGCUGGUUGCAUUGUCACAGACAGGUCUCUGUGCCAAAUGGUCGGCUGGUUUGUGGUUGGCAGGGCAGGUGUGAUAUGCUGUUCGUGCACAUGAUGUGAUGAUGCCACUCAUUUUGUGGUGUGCUCCUCUUGCAUGUGCGUCUACAUGUCACGUCAAGUUGUUUUCAGGGUCUGUGUGGAAAAAGUGGAGAAGAGUUACCGCCUGGUCUGGAAUGAAACUUUGUUCGAGAUUUGGGAAUGGGCUUGGAUUAUUCUGUAUGGUUGCCGCUUUUGCUAGAAAUGGUUGGGAAAUAUUCAUUAGUUUGGAAACGAAUUCUCUCUAGAGUGACAUCUUGAUAUUCAACUGCAGUGUCGCAUUUCUUGGUUGACUUUUGCACUGAUCCAUUGGCUGCGAUUUGCGCCAAAGAUCAGACACUUAAACUGAUGGCAGCACUGCCACUUGACCCAUUUCGCAUUUGGUCAUUGAUCCAUCUUGGUGCCUAAACGUGCUUAGAAUCUCAGCUACUUAAGACAGAUCAUUGUCAUUCUGUCAUCAUAGCACUAAUGCAGAAAAGUUCAUGCCAAUCCUGUAAGCACGGAAUAUGUCCCAGAAUGCUCACUGGCGCAUUGGGCCAAAUAGCUUGCUGCAUGCAAGCUGUGUAAAUUAGGAGGAAUAGGCUCUGCUUUAGUAACCGAUUUUUAGAUGCAAUCUUCAGUCAAAUCUCUGUUGUAGAUUUUUUUCAUCUCUAGCUGUGUAGAUGGUUAACUCUCCUUUGCUAAAAACAGUGUAGCCACACAUUCUGCAUGAACUUGAGGUACAUACUAAGUUGCAAGAGAAUUUGCCUGAAAUCAUCGGUGUCGGUGCAGUUUCAAAUUAAAAAAAUGACAGUGUCAGAUGUGUCAUUUAAUCAAAUUCUUCCAUGGUUAAAGUAACAUGGUGAAUUGGUGACUGCAUGUGUGUACAGUAAUCGUAUGGUAUCUAAAGUGCUAUUGUUAGGUGUCACAUGAGCGCGAGUGAACACAGACGCACUACGUUAUUCUGUGUUCUACAAGCGCGAGUGUGAUAACGAAUUUAUCUUCAAGCAAACUGGACAUGCAGUAAAGAUGUUAUAGGGGCCUAGGCACUCAAACUCGCCACCUUUGAAUUUACUGUACAUUUUGCAGUUUUGCGUUUUGCUUUUAGCGUAAAAUUAACGCAGUGCUUUGAGUUUCAACCGGGCAUCACACAGGGUUUGAUGUGAACUGUGUAAUAAAGUUCUGUAUCACACUGUUUGUUGCCAUGGAGUAACCAAUCAGAAUUGAGAAUUCAAGUUUGCCUGAAGAUAAUAUUCGGAAACUAGCAUUAUCUGUUCAUAUUUUCAACUGAAUGAAACUGGAAGCAAUGUAAGUUCCAUUGAAUCAAUUGCAUCGUCAUAUCAUUGUGAUAUCUCUCGUAAUCAUUUACAAAUUUACUUUGCUCUGAAAGCUGUGCCAAGUAUGAUCCAAGCUUCAGCAUGUUUUAAGUAGGUUUUAACCUUAGCUUGUACAUAGAUGAUCGUGUUUAUUCAAUGUUGUGAAAGAAUGCUGCUUGUACAUUUUGAAAGCUUGAUAAAUAUUGAUCCACUCGCAUCAACAAAGAUGGAGUAAAGUGAUUUGAGUAAUUUUCCAUGACCUAAAUCAUGUAACAUCUCUUAAGUGGGGAGUUCCUUUGUAUUUGUGUCGCUUUUUUCAUUCUAUUCUGUAUUUUGCCAUGUAAAUGUACAACCCAUCAUCUUAGAACCAUUUUGUGUACUCAUAAUGGAAUUUAUUAAGUGGGUUUUUUUUUCUUCCUGCAAGGGGGGGGGACUUGGGAGCCAGUAUUCACUAAGGUAAAUCAAAAAGGUCCAGAACAGUGUAAAUCUUGGUCUUUUGAUUGAGCAGGAUUUUUUUAAAGAAUUUAAGGACACUUUAACCAGUAUUUUUUGGGUUAGGUUGUAGAUUAUUGUAGCCAUUUUGUAAAUUCUAUUAUUAUUCAGAUUCUUAUGUGCCCUCUACUGUUUUGAAUCCUUAUUUCAACUCAUUGUCCCUGAGUAUUUGAAACGUGUCAAUUUUAAUUCUAGAGUUUUUCAUUAUCACAACACUCCAAUCUUAUCAUUUAUACAUUGCAGAUCUCAUUAAGACGUGAACACAGAACUCCAAAUUGUUGGAGAGGCCAUGAUUUAGUGGUUUGUAGUCUUAAUGUGGACUUCCAUCAUCUUCAUUACAGCUGCAUUGUAUAUUGUGGUAGAAUAUUGUGGUAGAGAAAAUGUAAGAAUUUUAUUGAAUGCGCUGUAAUUGUAUAAAAAUGGUUGGAAAUGAUUUCUAGAUUCUGGUAAUAAACUUACACAUAAAAAAAAUUGGGAGUCAAAUA